UUUAAACCAAAAGAAAAAAAAAAACACAUUAUCAAAAGCUAAAGCAUCCUCCUCUUGGAGGUCGUUCCUAUAUAUCUAAUAAGAAGUAGACAAUAAGAAGAGAAAAUCAACUUGAAAACACAAGAAAGAGAUGAUCAGAGGAGGAGGAGGAAAGUCUUCAGGUUACUCUGCAGAUCUCAUGGUCUGUUUCCCAUCAAGAACACACUUGUCUCUACCUUCUAAAUCCAUUUGCAGCCCUUCUCACUCCCUUAGCCGCCGUCAAACCGCUCCUCAACACCGCCGCAGCUUCAGUAAGCUCUCGGGAAGCGGCGGCGUACGUCGGAGUCGCGUAAGGGAGAUGGUGGAAGAACCAACGUCGCCGAAAGUCACGUGUGCCGGUCAGAUCAAAGUGCGGCCGAGAAAACGCGGAGGAGACAAGAACUGGCAGUCGCUGAUGGCGGAGAUAGAGAAGAUACAUAGAAACAAGUCGGAGAGCAAGUUCUUGGGGAUCAAGAAAGAUGUCAUGGGGUUCUUGACUUGUCUCCGUGACUUUGAUUUCCGGUGUUUCGGUGCGUUUCCUCCGGUAGAUGCAGUCUCCGACCAAGAAGACGAAGACGAGGACGAAGAGGAAGAAGAAGACGAUGAAGAUGAAGAUGGAGGUCCAGCGAUGAGGACAUAUUCAGGGACAGUUUUCUCAAACUGGUUGACGUUUCUACACGAAAAGCAAAACAAUGAAGAGUGUACCGAAGCGGUUUCGGACAAGGUGGAAACUGUGGUUCCGCCGCCAAACGCGUUGUUGCUGAUGCGGUGCAGAUCUGCGCCGGUCAAGAACUGGUUAGAGACAGAAAAGGAGAAGAAAAUAGAAUGUGAAGACACUAGAAAACAGAGCGGAGAAGAGGAGAAGGAGACUGUGAGCAAGAAGAAGGAUCUGAGAUCAUUGAUGGAGGAGGAGGAGGAGGAGGAUGUGAAUAGGGUGGUGAUGGACUACGACACAAAUUAUUACAAACUCUCUUCAGACAUAGCCAAGGAAACUUGGGUUGUAGGUGGAAUUCAAGAUUCUUUGUUCCGAAGUCGAAGCUGGAAUAAAUGAUCUUUGUGCUUGGAUCAUUGUUAAUCCCUUUGUAAAACUAAUACUUUUUUUUUUACUUUCUUGUGAGUUAAGUGAUAAGUGAAAGCUUUUCUUAUAAUAAUAAAA